AUGGCAGAUUUAGAUUUGGACGCUUCCUUCAUUCCCGCUUUACACAAACCAGCAGCUUUGCUACCAAUCGCGAAACAUCGCGAUAGCCUUUUAUAUGUCAUCGAGAAACACCCGGUCACCAUUAUUAUAGGCCAAACAGGCUCAGGGAAAACGACACAAAUCCCGCAAUUCUUGGAUCAAGCAGGAUGGUGCUCGGAUGGAAAAAUCAUCGGUGUCACUCAGCCCCGUCGUGUCGCGGCAACAACAGUUGCCGUGCGUGUUGCGGAAGAGGUUGGCUGUGAGCUAGGCAAAGAGGUUGGAUACUCAAUACGAUUUGAAGAUGUAACUUCGGCCUCAACAAAGAUAAAAUUUCUCACAGAUGGUCUCCUCAUCAGAGAGGCUCUCGUUGACCCAUUGUUGACACGUUACUCCGUUAUCAUGGUGGAUGAGGCACAUGAGAGGUCUAUCAGUACCGACGUCCUACUAGGGCUUCUCAAAAAGAUUCGCCGGAAGCGCCCCGAGUUGCGUAUCAUCAUCAGCAGUGCUACCUUGCAGGCAAAAGAGUUCCUGGACUUUUUCACGAGGAACAUUGAUGACCAAGCCAACCCUAAGAACGAUGGCAAUGACAAGCAAGAUGAAAUCGGAGCCAUUGUGAGUCUCGAAGGCAGGACAUACCCCAUAGAUAUACUAUAUCUGGAGUCACCAGCAGAGAACUACAUUGAGAAGGCGAUCGAUGUCGUUUUCGGCAUACAUACCCAAGAGGGCGAAGGAGAUAUCCUGGUCUUUCUUACUGGCCGAGAGGAGAUUGACAACGCAAUACAAGCAGUCACUGAGCGGAUGAUGGAUCUCGGUUCCAAACAUGGCCCGUUGAUGCCAUUGCCAUUAUAUGCUGGCUUGUCAACAGAACAACAGAUGUACGUGUUUGACAAGCCGCCCGAGGGUACACGGAAGGUUGUGUUUUCAACAAACAUUGCAGAAGCAUCGGUCACAAUCGAUGGUAUUAACUUUGUAGUUGACUGCGGCUUUGUGAAGCUGAGAGCAUAUGAUCCAAGAACAGGAAUAGAGUCACUUACCGCCACACCGGUUUCUAAGGCAGCUGCAUCCCAACGUGCUGGACGAGCUGGCCGAACAAAACCUGGAAAAUGCUUCCGACUGUACAGCGAGCAGAGCUACCAAUCACUACAAGAUGCGAAUAUCCCCGAGCUACAACGGUCGAACCUAGCACCGGUCAUUCUGCAACUCAAGGCUUUGGGGAUAGAUAACAUUGUGCGAUUUGACUUCCUGUCCCCACCGCCGUCUGAACUUAUGGCCAAGGCCCUUGAGUUGCUAUAUGCUCUGGGAGCUUUGGACGAAUAUGCCAAACUCACUCGACCUAUGGGUUCUAGGAUGGCUGAGUUGGCAGUUGAGCCGAUGAUGGCCAAAACACUACUGGCUGCACCAUCAUUUGGAUGCCUCAGUGAAAUGCUGACUAUUGCUGCCAUGACAAGUCUUGGAGGCAGUGUAUGGUUUUCUCAUGAGGGCGAGAGAAAGAAAAUGGAAACAUCACGCAGAAAAUUCGCCGUAGACGAGGGUGACCAUCUCACGCUUCUGAACGCCUACCAAGCUUUUGUCUCCAAGGGUCGAAAAGAAGCAAAGUUCUGUCAUGAAAACAACCUUAACUUCAAGUCGAUGAGUCGAGCAGUCAGCAUUCGAGCACAACUCAAGCGGUAUCUUGAACGAUUCAGUAUCAAUGUAAAUGAGACUCUCGCCGGCCAAGCAUCAUCGGAAGAUAACGCCAAAAAAGCAGAACAGAUCCGCCGUUGUCUUACAUCGGGUUAUUUUGCCCAUGCGGCAAGGAUGCAGCCAGACGGGACGUUUCGCAAUGUGGAGGGUAACAUGACUCUUCACGCGCAUCCGACUUCACUGAUGUUUAACCGCAAGGCGGAUUGGGUGAUCUUUCACGAAGCGAUGGAAACUGGUAGCAAGAUAUUCAUCAGGGAUGUCACCAAGAUUGAGAAGACUUGGCUUCUGGAGUACGCACCAGAAUUCUACCAGGUCACGACCGAUCGGCGGGGAUGA